AUGUCAUACAUGAUGUAUCGUGAGACAACACUUGGUGUAGCAUUAUCGCACACAUUGGACGAGUUUGUAGAAGAAGGUAUGAUUAGCCGUGCGCUAGCCGCGAAAGUGCUCGCCGCUUUCGAUGCAAACAUCAACAAGGCGUUGGCGUAUAAAGUCAAAAAUAAGGUCCAAUUUAAAUCCGACAAACUUCUGGCGUACCGUUAUUGUGAUAAUGUGUGGACAAUUAUAAUGAAAGGCGUUGAAUUCCACUAUAUUCUGUGGCCAGUGGAAUAUAGAGUUGACAAAAUUUUUUUCAGAAUGAAAAUUGUGGCUUGUGAAGCGCUACCACGUACCAUACCACCAUCGACAACUAGCACAGAAACUCAACAAUAA